AUGGCGGUAUUAAUGAUAUCUAAAUUGACAGGAGCUGCUAAGUCGUGGUUUUUUAGCAAAGCAGAAUACGCCACUUAUAGCUACGACGAAAUUAAGAGAGCGAUGACAGCUUUCCUUCAGAACAGCGAAGAUCGCAUGACGAGGAUGAGAAAGUUCGAGGCCCGGAGAUGGCGGAGGCAGGAACCCUUUAGCUCCUACUUCCAGGAGAAGAUGGCUCUGGGCAACAGGGCGAAUGUUACCGAAAAUGAUAUGUUGGCAUACAUGAUCGAUGGAACUUGGUGUGUCGAUUGCAAUGUGAAGGCAGGGGCAUACCGAUUGUCAAAGAAUAUUAAUCCUAUCUCAGCUUCUUCGAGCAUUAUGGAACUUAAUGGAACUUUGGAAUUACAGAAUAGUUCUCAUAUUACUGAAGAAUGUUCUGAUCUAGGUUCAGGAGAACAAUCUUCAACACCAAGGACAAGGACAACUUCUUUAAGCAUUAUGGAACUUGAUGGAACUCUGGAAUUACAGAAUGGUUCUCAUAUUACUGAAGAAUGUUCUGAUCUAGGAUCAGAAGAACAAUCUUCAACACCAAGGACAAGGACAACUUCUUCAAACAUUAUGGAACUUGAUGGAACUCUGGAAUUACAGAAUGGUUCUCAUAUUACUGAAGAAUGUUCUGAUCCAGGAUCAGGAGAACAAUCUACAACGCCAAGGACAAGGUAGGAGAUGGAAACCUAAAAACCUCAGAAAAGAUUUUUGCAGUACCCCUAAGAUUGUCAAGUGCGGGUUAAAACAGUCACCUAUU